AAAAAGAGCUUUCCCUUCUCAUUAUCUUUCGUUGUGCACCGUUUCCGUUGUGCUGCUUAACGAAGCAACGCACCACUCCCCCGCCUCCAAACUGAAGCAGUGAAAACGUCUCUCACACAACGCCGCCAGAAUCGAUUCUAUUGACGAUCCCCUUGCGACGAUCGAUCGAAAUUUCUUCGUCCACCAUUGCCCAUCUUCCAUAAUCUCUUCCUGCCGCAUCUUCUGCCUUUUCACACGAUAUAAAAUCUUGCCUCUGAUUCACCAGCUAAAAAUGGAAACCAAGGCCAUCUUUACGCACUUGGCUAAUCUCUUGCAGUUCUGUAUAGACAAGAAAGCCAACCUUUCAGGCAAAAUCCUCCACGGCUACAUGAUCCGUAACGGCCUCUCAGCCGACACCUUCCUAUCCAACCGCCUCAUUGAGUUCUAUUCCAAAUGCGGUGAUACACCUACCGCACGCCAUCUAUUCGAUAAAAUGCCGAUGAGAAACAUUUAUUCUUGGCACGCAAUGUUAGACGGGUAUUGUAAAGCCAGCAAGUUGAAAGACGCGCGUGAAGUAUUUGCAGCAAUGCCCGAAAGAAACACGGUGUCGUGGAACACUUUGAUUAGCGCCUUAGCUCGAAGUGGGUUAGAGCAAGAAGCAAUGGAUGUUUAUCACAUGAUGAAUCUUGAAGGUUUUAUGCCUACCCAUUUCACAUUGGCUAGUGUUUUCAGUGCUUGUGGUGCAUUGGUGGAUGUGGAUUGUGGUAUGGAGUGCCAUGGGGUUGCUAUCAAGAUUGGUCUUGAUAAAAAUGUGUUUGUGGCUAAUGCUUUAUUGUGCAUGUAUGCAAAGUGUAGGUGCAUUGAGGAUUCAAUUCGGGCAUUUGGCGACUUACCCAUACCUAACGAGGUUUCUUUCACAGCAAUGAUGGGAAUUUUAGCAGAUAGUGACCGGGUUGAGGAGGCUUUUAGUAUGUUUAGAACAAUGCAUAGAACAGGAAUUUGUAUCGAUUCCGUUUCACUGUCUAGUGUUAUGGGUGUUUGUGCCAGAGACAGAAGAGGACAAUUUGGUAUCACUAGUGAGGCUUAUGGUUUUUCAAGUAAUAUGCAUGGGCACCAAAUACACGGCCUCAGUGUUAAGCUUGGUUUUGAGAGAGAUCUUCACUUAAUUAAUUCAUUGCUUGAUAUGUAUGCAAAGAAAGGAGACAUGACGAGUGCUGAGACUAUUUUCAAUAAUUUACCCGAAGUUAGUGUUGUUUCUUGGAACAUAAUGAUUGGUGGGUACGGGCAGAAUCAUGACACUGAGAAGGCCAUGGAUUAUAUGCAUGGGAUGCUGCAUCAGGGUUUUGAACCUGAUGAGGUCACUCACAUCAAUAUGCUUGCAGCAUGCGUCAAGUCUGGAGAUAUUGAAAUUGGGCGUCGAAUAUUUGAUAGGAUCGUAUGCCCAAGCUUGAGUUCAUGGAAUGCCAUACUCUCAGGGUAUUCACAGAACGAUAACCAUAAAGAGGCAAUAAAACUUUUUAGAGAGAUGCAGUUUCGAGGGGUCCAGCCUGAUCGUACUACUUUGGCUAUUAUGACAAGCUCGUGUGCUGGAAUAGGACUUCUGGAGGGUGGAAAACAGGUCCAUGCUUACUCACUAAGGGCUUUGUUUCAUACUGAUAUAUAUCUUGCCAGCGGACUUAUUGGCAUUUAUUCAAAAUGCCAUAAAAUAGAGACAGCAAAAUGUAUUUUCAAUAACAUGCUGGAAUUGGAUAGUGCCUGUUGGAAUUCUAUGAUAGCAGGUUUGUCACUGAAUUCACUAGACAAGGAAGCUUUCUCUUUAUUUAAGAAAAUGUUAGGAAAGGGGCUGUUGUCCACCCAAUUCUCUUAUGCUAUCAUCUUGAGUUGUUGUGCAAAUCUAUCAUCUUUGUCUCACGGGAGGCAAAUUCAUGCCCGGAUAGCAAAAGAUGGAUAUAUGACUGAUGUAUAUGUGGGGAGUGCUCUAAUUAAUAUGUAUUGUAAAUGUGGUGAUGUAGAUGGGGCUAGGGAAUAUUUUGAUGAGAUGCCCUUGAAAAAUAUUGUUACUUGGAAUGAGAUGAUCCAUGGAUAUGCACAAAAUGGAUGUGGUGAAGAGGCUGUUAGUGUAUAUAAAGACAUGAUUGUAUCAGGUGAGGAACCUGAUGGAAUUACAUUUGUUGCUGUUCUAACUGCGUGUAGCCAUUCAGGACUAGUUGAUACGGGGAUCGAAAUAUUCAAUUCGAUGAAGCUUGAACAUGGUGUGGACCUACUUUUGGAUCACUGCACAUGCAUCAUAGAUGCUCUGGGACGUGCUGGUCGAUUCCAUGAAGCAGAAGUAUUAAUAGAUAGAAUGCCAUACAAAGAUGAUCCUAUUGUAUGGGAAGUUUUACUUAGUUCUUGUCGGGUUCAUGCUAAUGUGAGCCUAGCUAGAAGAGCAGCAGAGGAGCUUUUUCGUCUGGACCCACAAAACUCUGCCCCUUAUGUGCUUCUAGCCAAUAUGUACUCUUCUUUGGGGAGAUGGGAAGAAGCAAAGGUUUUUAGGAAAAUGAUGGGUGAUAAGCAGGUAUCAAAGAAUCCAGGUUAUAGCUGGGUUGAACCCAAGAACAGAAUGGAAGUCUUUGACGUUGAUGAGGAUUUUAGGAUGGUGGUUGAUAAAUUCGAAGCCGCAAAUAUUUGAAUACCUUGCUUUGAUGGAUGAUACAACUCAUAUGCCAACUCAGAGACAAAAAAAAAUCCUCAUUUGUCAGCCCUGCUUCUAUACGUUAAAAGAUGAUUGAUUUUAUCGCCGAACCACAAUGCGGCCAAAUGCCAUCU